UACCGCGUGGGGUUUUAACAGGACGCCGUGGUUCUGGGAGUUUAUUCCACAGGAGUCGGCUGCUGCAUCACAUGUUUAUGGGUUUUGACAGCCUGAAUGUAUACGCUGCUGUGGCCUUUUACUGCCGCCCACACUGAAACUGUAAGUUUACAUGUCUUCACGCGCCUGUGAGUGGAAACGACUGCACAUCUUUGCCCACUUGUCCACUUCGCAGACUUUUUCUCGAGGCCGUGAGAGCAGACGUGCGCGCGGUUCCAUGCAAACACUCCUCCAGAGGCCGAGGGAGCGGCGAACGAGCGCACUUCUGGAUAAAAGCUGAUGGAAGCCUGGGUUUUCUGCUCUCUGCUGAUCAGGAAGCCACCGGGUUUCCACUGAACGCCGCUGUUUUGUUGCCCACGCGUGAGAACAAAUGUUUUCUUCUCACAGCCGUGCAUGUAUCAGUGGAACAAUCUGACGCUCAAUGUCUUGUUUACCCACAUUUUGGCUUUGGGUCAAAUCUUUCUGUGCUCGCGGGUUAUUUUUAGAAAAGCAUUGUGGACGGAGGAGGGAGGGCAGAAAGUACAACACUUCACAGCGUUUGGCCCGGCUGAGUUGAUCCUAAAUGCCUCUGGACGCGGGGCUAAAUUUAGCCGCUCCGGGCUUCUGAUAAUUCACGGGAAUUUGGUUUUGAGCCUUUAUUAUUAAGCGGCAUUUACACAGCUUCUCCCCCGUCUGCUCUCAGAGCAAAGUCGCUGCUGCUGCCGAGUUUGCUGUGUGUCAUUUAACGUCAUAGUACACAGAAAAGCAACAUCACCUCCAUUUCCCCCCUCUUCCCCCACUCUCUUCCUCCUUGUGAUCCCUCCCCCUCCCUUAUUCCUACUCUAGCAAACGCACAUGCACACCACAUUUGUUAUAGCGGCAAAAAUAUGCUUGCCUCAUCAUUUUAUUCUGGUGCGCGGAGCCCUAUUUCUGUAGUGGAAUAAAGGACAGCCAAGCAGAAUAGAGGAUGCUCUGUUUCUCAUAGUAAAGCGACAAAGACUGGCAGCAGCUUCACGGGUUGUCUGCGUGGAAGCGAGGAGGUCUCUGGCAGCUGUGGGACCACCCGGUUGAUGAACUUCCUACCUUUGGGAAUGAGAGACGUUGGGAUUGCACAAAGCUGGAACAACAGUCUGCUGGGAUGAGUCGGAUGACGGAGGAUGACGUUGGUUGUCGGGGCGCUAUUCUGUGGAUCCGCUGGAUUUCUCACGCAUCUGCUCUUUGAAAUGUGACGAUGUCUUGUCGGUAACAAGGGGACGCUGGUGUGGACAUGGACCCCCUGCGUGCACGGACGCUGCCUUUGUUUUCGCCUCUGCUCAGAUACCUCUCUGUUGCCUGAGGAGCUAUGACCGAGUUCUACCUGUCUGACAGCAAUGCCAGUUACCUGAGAGCGGCCCGGGCGGGGAACCUGGAAAAGGUUCUAGACUACAUCAAGUCUGGGGUUGAGAUCAACAUUUGCAACCAGAAUGGCCUGAACGCUCUUCAUCUAGCCUCCAAAGAGGGGCACGUAGAGGUUGUUGCUGAGCUGCUGAAACUCGGAGCCACAGUGGAUGCAGCCACAAAGAAAGGAAACACUGCUCUGCACAUAGCCUCGCUGGCCGGUCAGACGGAAGUGGUCAAAGAGCUGGUCACCAACGGAGCCAACGUCAACGCACAGUCUCAGAAUGGCUUCACUCCUCUGUACAUGGCGGCCCAGGAGAAUCACCUGGAGGUGGUGCGGUUCCUCCUGGAGAACAGCGCCAGCCAGAGUAUGGCCACUGAGGACGGCUUCACCCCUCUGGCGGUGGCGCUACAGCAGGGCCAUGACCAGGUGGUCUCCUUGCUACUGGAGAACGAUACCAAGGGCAAAGUCCGGCUGCCUGCCCUGCACAUCGCCGCCCGCAAGGAUGACACCAAGGCCGCGGCCCUGCUCCUGCAGAACGACCACAACGCGGACGUGGAGUCCAAGAUGAUGGUGAAUAGAACAACAGAGAGCGGUUUCACGCCGCUCCACAUCGCGGCUCACUACGGCAACAUCAACGUGGCCACGCUCCUGCUGAACCGAGGGGCUGCGGUGGACUUCAUGGCUCGGAAUGACAUCACGCCACUUCAUGUUGCCUCAAAAAGGGGAAACAGCACCAUGGUCAAGCUGCUGCUGGAUAGAGGGGCUAAAAUCGAUGCCAAGACCAAGGACGGCCUGACGCCGCUUCACUGCGGCGCGAGGAGCGGACACGAGAAGGUGGUCGAGAUCCUACUGGACCGAGGGGCUCCCAUUCUGUCCAAGACCAAGAACGGCCUGUCUCCGCUCCACAUGGCCACUCAGGGCGACCACCUGAACUGCGUCCAGCUGCUGCUCCAGCACGACCUGCCGGUGGACGACGUCACCAACGACUACCUGACGCCGCUGCACGUGGCCGCCCACUGUGGGCACUACAAGGUGGCGAAGCUCAUCGUGGACAAGAAGGCCAACCCCAACGCCAAGGCCCUGAACGGUUUCACUCCCCUUCACAUCGCCUGCAAGAAGAACAGAGUCAAAGUGAUGGAGCUGUUGCUCAAACAUGGAGCGUCCAUUCAGGCCGUCACCGAGUCGGGCCUGACGCCGAUCCAUGUGGCAGCUUUCAUGGGCCACGAGAACAUUGUCCACGCACUCACUCAUCACGGAGCGUCACCCAACACCACCAACGUCCGCGGCGAGACGGCGCUCCACAUGGCAGCCAGGGCGGGCCAGGCCGACGUCGUCCGGUACCUCCUCAAGAACGGCGCCAACGUGGACACAAAGUCCAAGGACGACCAGACGGCGCUGCACAUCUCCAGUCGCCUGGGGAAGGUGGACAUCGUGCAGCAGCUGCUGCACUGCGGCGCCGCCGCCAACGCCGCCACCACCUCGGGCUACACCCCGCUGCACCUGGCGGCCCGCGAGGGACACCAGGACGUGGCGGCCAUGUUGCUGGAGAACAAGGCCUCGCUGGAGGCCGCGACGAAGAAAGGCUUCACUCCGCUGCAUGUCGCGGCAAAGUACGGCAAGAUGGAGGUGACUAAUCUCCUCCUACAGAAGAGAGCUGCACCUGACGCUGCCGGAAAGAGUGGACUAACUCCACUGCAUGUAGCCGCUCACUACGAUAAUCAGCGCGUGGCACUGCUGCUGCUGGAUCAGGGAGCUUCCCCGCACGCUGCUGCCAAGAACGGCUACACGCCGCUGCACAUAGCUGCCAAGAAGAACCAAAUGGAGAUCGGGACCACGCUGCUGGAGUACGGCGCAGACACCAACGCCGUGACGCGGCAGGGCAUCAGCCCCAUCCACCUGGCGGCGCAGGAGGGCAGCGUGGACCUGGUGUCGCUGCUGCUGGCCAAGAACACCAACGUCAACGUGUGCAAUAAGAGCGGACUCACACCACUGCACCUGGCGGCUCAGGAGGACAAGGUCAAUGUGGCAGAGGUUCUCUUCAACCACGGGGCCGACGUCAACACGCAGACCAGGAUGGGUUACACUCCGCUGCACGUGGCUUGUCACUAUGGCAACGCAAAGAUGGCAAACUUCCUGCUGCAGAACCAUGCCCGAAUCAACGGGAAGACCAAGAAUGGAUACACUCCUCUACACCAAGCAGCUCAGCAGGGCCACACCCACAUCAUCAACCUGCUGCUUCAGCACGGGGCCUCUGCCAACGAGCUCACCCUGAAUGGGAACACUGCCCUCUCCAUUGCCCGGCGCCUCGGGUACAUCUCCGUGGUGGACACUCUGAGGCCCGUGACAGAUGAAAACCUCAACACCAUGAGUGCAUCAGAAAAGCAUAAAAUCAAUGUUCCAGAGACCAUGAACGAGUUCCUUGACAUGUCCGAUGACGAAGUCCAGGCCAAUGUGCCAGAAAUUCUCCAUGAGGAGUCUUUUUCAGAUGUUGAAGAAGGUGAGGAUGCAAUGACCGGCGACACUGACAAAUACCUGCGGCCUCAGGACCUCAAAGAGCUGGGGGACGACUCCCUCCCCCAGGAGGGCUACAUGGGUUUCAGCAUAGGAGCCCGCUCCGCCAGCCCUAGAAUCAGCCUCCGCUCCUUCAGUUCGGAUAGGUCCAACACUCUCAACCGGAGCUCAUUUGCAAGGGAUAGUAUGAUGAUUGAAGAGAUUCUGGCUCCCACCAAGGACACGCUUCAGAGCGCCUGUAAAGACAUUUCCUACCUGGUUGACCCACUCAAUAAGCACCUGGCUGUGACCAGAGACUACAGCUCAGAGUGUAUGAGGCGCUACAGCUGGACUCCAGACACCAUGGACCACAGCCACAACACUGUGUCCAGUCCUAUUCACUCUGGCUUCUCCUCCCCGCUCCCUCAGUAUGACUCCAGGUUCUUGGUCAGCUUCAUGGUGGACGCUCGCGGCGGCUCCAUGAGAGGCAGCCGCCACAACGGCAUGCGCAUCAUCAUCCCCCCCAGGAAGUGUACGGCACCUACGCGCAUCACGUGUCGCCUGGCCAAGAGGCACAAGCUGGCGUACCCUCCGCCCAUGGUGGAGGGCGAGGGCCUGGUCAGUCGGCUGGUGGAGGUUGGACCCGCUGGUGCUCAGUUUCUCGGUCCCGUGAUCGUGGAGAUUCCUCAUUUUGGAUCCAUGCGGGGGAAAGAGAGGGAGCUGAUUGUUUUGAGGAGUGACAAUGGGGACACAUGGAAGGAGCACCAGUCUGACACCAGACCAGAAGAGCUCGUUGACCUGCUGACUGGGAUGGAUGAAGAGCUGGACAGUCCUGCCGAGCUGGAGAAGAAGCGCAUCUGUCGCAUAGUCACCAGUGACUUCCCUCAGUAUUUCGCUGUGGUGUCGCGGAUCAAGCAGGAGUCCAACCACAUGGGUCCCGAUGGCGGCGUCCUGUCGAGCAGCACUGUGCCCAUGGUGCAGGCCUCGUUCCCACAGGGGGCGCUCACCAAGAGGAUCCGUGUUGGCCUGCAGGCUCAGCCUGUGCCAGACGACAUGGUCAGGGCGGUGCUCGGCAACAGAGCCACCUUCAGCCCCAUCGUCACCGUCGAGCCCAGGAGAAGAAAGUUCCACAAGCCGAUCACGAUGACGAUCCCCGUCCCACCUAGAUCGGCCGAAGGGCAUCCCAGCGGCCACCGAGGCGAGACGGCACCCUGCCUUCGUCUCUUGUGCAGCAUCACAGGAGGGACGUCCCCUGCCCAGUGGGAGGACAUCACAGGGACCACACCGCUGUCCUUUGUAACUGAUUGUGUCUCCUUCACCACAAAUGUAUCGGCCAGGUUCUGGCUCGCAGACUGUCACCAGAUUCCUGAGACGGUCAGUCUAGCGUCUCAGUUAUACCGGGAGCUGAUCUGCGUGCCGUACCUGGCCAAGUUUGUGGUGUUCGCCAAGAUGAACGACGCCGUGGAGGCUCGACUGCGCUGCUUCUGCAUGACGGACGACAAGGUGGACAAGACCCUGGAGCAGCAGGAGAACUUCGAGGAGGUGGCGCGGAGCAAAGAUAUCGAGGUUCUGGAGGGCAAGCCUAUCUACGUGGACUGCUACGGCAACCUGUCCCCUCUCUCCAAAAGUGGACAGCAGCUGGUCUUUAACUUCUUCUCCUUCAAGGAAAACAGACUUCCCUUCAACGUUAAGAUCAGAGACCUGAGCCAGGAACCGUGCGGCCGUCUCUCCUUCCUGAGAGAACCCAAAACCACCAAAGGCCUUCCACAAAUGGCCAUAUGCAAUUUGAAUAUCACACUGCCAACCCACAAGAAGGAUAUGGAGUCUGAUCCUGAUGAUGAGACUGAAAAGCCAGAACGACGUCAUACCUUUGCCUCCUUAGCUUUGCGUAAGCGCUACAGCUAUUUGACCGACCCAGCAGCGAAAACAACUGAUCGAAGCCCGCCGAGAACACAGUCUUCUAGCUACCCUCACAAACCUGUCUUUUCAACGAGAUCUUAUCAGGCGUGGUCGCCUCUUCCUGUCGCCGUCCCUGGCCAAGCCAAGUCUGGCUUUGGCUCACUCUCCAGUUCGUCAUCCAACACGCCCUCUGCCUCUCCACUAAAGUCUGUCUGGUCCAUCAACUCUGCCUCACCCAUCAAGACCAACUUUCCUGGAUCACCUGUCUCCUCCGUUAAGUCAGUUAGUGACAUGGCCUCUCCUAUCCGAUCUUACAGAACCAUCUCCUCUCCGAUAAAAACUGUAGUCCAGCAAUCCCAGUACCCAGUGCAGGUCACCCCUAGUCCCAUGGCAUCACCAGGGAAAAGUUCUUCUGACUCCGCAUCCAUGAAGGGACUGGCAGCAAUGUCUGCUAGGACCUCCCCCAUAACUGUCUCUGGAGGAGGAAGUGCUCUUCUAGAGAGACCAUCUAUUGGCAUGACACCACCAACAUCUCCUAAAGCAUCUUUGACUAUGUUUAGUUCUCCCCUGCCAUACAAGACUGUUAUGAGUGGUUCUAGUGGCACACCAGCUUCCUCCUCACCCAUAAAAACAGUCCCUGGUCUUUCCGCUGUGCGUUCCUUUGCAUCGGAUAUCUCUGGCCCUGCAAGAAAUUUGUUUUCCUCUCUGUCAUCACCACUUAAAUCCAACACUCCUCCGAAUGCUGCAGCUCUAAUUAAUGGAACUGUGUUGCCCACACAGUACGGCCCUUCAUCCCCAGCCCCUCUCCUAACCACCAGUUUGCAAGAGAGAAUACAGGCAACCACCAAUGCUGCAACCACAAGUGUGAAUGCAGCCUUCGAUGAGGUUGAGAAAACAUUCAACUCUUGUUCUGCAGGCUAUGGCACCUUAAAGUCCUUAUCUUCUUCAGCAUCUUCGUCUUAUCAGUCCAUUAGGUCUUCAGCUUCUAGUUCUCUUUAUGCCUCUCUAAGGUCCCCUCCAAAUGCCACCACUGCUGUAACAUGCAGUACUGUGACCGUUCCAGUGUUCUCUGUUAUAAAUGUGCUUCCUGAGCCCCAGUUUAAAAAGUUACCUGAGGUGUCUAAGUCAGCUGCUGCCCUUCUGUCACCCCGGAAAACUGUGCCCUUGGAGGCAAAUGCUCAGUUGCAGUCUUCCUUUGCUAGAACUCUCUCCCCUAUCAAAGCCCCUAUUUUUUCUGCUGGUCUAAAACCAAACACCACGUCAUCGUUGUCAUCUAGCCAAGAGAUUCUGAAAGACGUAGCUGAAAUGAAAGAGGACUUAAUAAGAAUGUCAGCCAUCUUGCAGUCAGACCCAAAUUCUGCAGCAAAUAAAGGAUUUCAAUCAGACUCCCCGAAAGAAGCUAAGAUGGAGGAUGAGGAGCCAUAUAGGAUUGUGGAAAAAGUUAAACAAGAUUUGGUAAAAGUGAGUGAAAUCCUUACAAAAGAUGCUGUGAAGGAUGGCAGGGUUUCUCUGGCUAGGGGUUCUUUGGAUGACAUACACUUCUCAAAAGUUCAGGUUGAACAACCUCCAAGCAACUGGAGCUAUCCGCCAAGAUAUGAGACUGUGGUUCCACAUGCCAAAUCAAAAACAAUACCAGAUAGAGAUUUUAAUCUUUCUAAAGUGGUUGACUACCUUGCCAAUGAUGUUGGUAGCAGCUCUUUCUCCAAAAUGCAUGACCCAAUGCAUAAAGCAGAUGAGGCCAAAAGAGAAGGAGAUGGCAAGGAGAAGCAAAAACGUGUUCUAAAGCCCACCAUAGCAGUUCAGGAGCAUAAACUUAAAAUGCCUCCAACAAACAUGCGCUCUUCACCUUCAGACAAAGAAAUCAGUAAAGUAGCAGAUGCUCUUUUUGGGGCUGACACUGUAUUAGAAUCUCCUGAUGACAUCUCGCACGAACAAGACAAAAGCCCUCUCUCAGACAGUGGUUUUGAGACCAGGAGUGAACGGACACCCUCUGCCCCUCAAAGUGCAGAGGGCAUGGGCCCCAAGGCUCUUUUUCAGGAUAUCCCAGUGCCCCCAGUGAUCACUGAGACUAGAACUGAAGUUGUCCAUGUCAUAAGGAGCUAUGAAUCACCAGAGGAGAGCAAGCAAUCUGUAAUGGAGGAUGCACAUCCUGUCAGAUAUAUUGAUUCAGAAUCAAAAGGACAUUUGAAUCAAACUUCAACUCCAGAACAAAAUAAAAGUUAUUCUGUAAAAGUCAGCCCUGAUGAGGAUCCGAUGGGAAAAGGAAUGAGGGUAAAGGAGGAGACUCACAUCACUACUACCACCAGGAUGGUCUACCACAAACCAUCUGGCAAAGAGGCAGCUACGGAAAGGUGUGAGGAAACAAUGUCUGUGCAUGACAUAAUGAAAGCUUUUCAGUCAGGAAAGGACCCCUCUAGAGAGCUAGCUGGAUUGUUUGAACACAAGUCUGGCAAUGAAGAAUCCUCACAAAGAGUCCUUGAAGACAUCAACUCCAAACCUAAAGUUGAAAGAAUAAUUGAGGUUCACAUUGAAAAAGGCAAUAAAGCAGAGCCAACAGAGGUUAUUAUCAGAGAGACGAAAAACCACCCUGAGAAGGAAAUGUAUUACUACCCAGGGAGUAGACAGGAAGAAGAGGAGUCUGAAGAAUCACUUCCAGUCUACCUGGACUCCCCUAGAGUGAACACACCGAUGUCACAGGAGGAAGAUAGUCGACCUAGUUCAGCCCAGCUGAUGGCAGAUGACUCAUACAAAACACUAAAGUUACUUAGCCAGCAUUCUGUAGAGUAUAAUGAGGAUGGCUCAUCAGAUCUUAGGGGUGAAUCUUAUAACUUUGCAGAAAAAAUACUGCUUUCUGAGAAAUUUGAUCAGUCUCAUUCUGACAGUGAAGAAUAUCUGAGAGACAGAUCUCGCUUCCAUUCACCAGACAGAAGCAGUCACAGUGAGGGUAGAUCAGUUGGGCCAAGGACAGAAUAUGUCUUUAGGUCAUCAAGAAAUGUGUUUGACAAAGCUGGAAGAAUGGCCAAUGUUGACGAUAACUUUGACAAACUAACACUUUUGCAGUAUUCUUCUGAGCCUGGUAGCCCGAAGCAGUCUGUUUGGAUGCGGGUGCCAGAUGACACACAGAUUAAGGAGAGGGAACAGCUUAUGUAUGAGGACAGAGUAGACAGAACUGUAAAGGAGGCAGAGGAAAAACUUACUGAGGUAUCUCAGUUUUUUCGUGACAAAACAGAACAGCUAAAUGAUGAACUCUCAUCUCCAGAAAAGAAAUCUCGCAGGCCAGACUUUAGAGAAUCGCGUUCAGGUCCAAGUUCAACACAUAGUAGUCCAGAAAGGUCGACUUACAGGAAUGGAGGCAGUGGGGAGGAAUGGAACAGAGACCGGCUUAGAGACAGGUUCAACGCAAGUGACAGGAAAUGUGCAAGCUUACCUAACAGUCCAGAAAGGAGAGUAUUGCUGCAGUACACUGAUUCAGACUCAAGAAAGCAAGAAGACCGUAAAUCACCGGGUAAUGUAGGUGAAAGCCCUAAACCUUUUCAAAUGUCAUCUUCCAAAGUCAGUGCAGUAAGACUAAAGUUUGAGCAAGAGGCACAAAGACAGGACAGGAACACUCAGGGUGGCCAGAAUUCUAAUCCUCCUAUAAGGAAACUCCAAGAAAGUAAGCUACCUGUAUAUCAGAUGUUUAGUGGUUCAGAGACUACCAAAGCACCAAACAGUCCAGGGAAUCAGAGAAGAGGUUUAGCUAGUGAAUCAAAUAAGUUCUCACCCAAGCAUGAGAGCAGUGGGAAGGAUCAGGAAGAGAAAAAGUUAUUCAAAAAGUGGGACAGCCAAGGCUUUGGGAGCUAUAAUACCCAAUCUCCCAAACUAUCUCAUUCUUUAAUCCAUGACCCAAAUAAAGAUGGUAAUGCUAGCGAUUCCCAAAGACAAGAAACAACCAAGAAAAUCAUCUACACAGAAUUUGUUGUCCGCGAAAGUCCAAGCGGCAAUGACAGUCUAAAAAAAAACUCGGAAUUACAAAUUCCUGUAAAAAAGCCAUUUAAUUUUUCAGAAAAUCAGAAAUCCACCACUUUAAAAUUAGAUGCCUCUGUUGAAUCAUGCGAGAAACCAGGGUCUCGUAUACCCAAUUUGUCUAGGAAUCGGUUACACAGUAGCUCUGAAUCCAACAUGUCUACUCGCGGAUCAUCAGUAGGAAAAUCCACAGACUCAUCCGAUAGCAGCCAGUCAAAUGUAGUCUGUAAUGGCGUCGAGCUUGACCAAGUAGAGUAUUUGGAUCAAGUCACUCCUGUAGUUGUCACAGAGGGCUUUAAAGACAUUAAACCCUUACCUGUUUAUGUUAGCAUUCAAGUAGGAAAGCAAUAUGAGAAAGAAACAGCCUCAGGACAGCUGGGUACUACAUACAAGAAAAUAGUCAGCCACGAGAGUAGAACUGUACAUGAGAGUAGGGGUGCAUUUUACUCUGUGAAACAAAAGCAGUCAUCAUCACCACACGGAAGUCCGGAAGAUGACACUCUAGAGCAAAUGACCUUUAUGGACAGCUCUGGGAAAAGCCCUGUUACUCCUGAGACCCCCAGCUCAGAAGAAAUGAGUCUGACCUCAAGAACACCAGAGUCUGUGAUAGCUUUCAUGCCUGCCAUGCCUAGCCCUAUCCCAGAGGAGUCUGAGGAAGAAGAUGGGAAGACGUUCAUCUAUAAGGAGCCAACAAAGGAAAAAUCUAAGCCAGCUUCGUCAGAGAGUUACAGUAAAAGGUAUGAGGCAGAGAAACCAAAGUCAAAGGAGAAAAGAGUGGCUUAUAUAGAAUUUCCACCUCCUCCUCCUUUAGAGUCAGAGCAGUCUGGUCAUGAGAAAAGGGGAUCUCAUGCUUCUUCCCAGGCAGAGACAGAGAUGAUGGAGGUGAACCUCCAAGAGGAGCAUGAUAGGCACCUCUUGGCCGAGCCAAUCAUCAGGGUACAGCCUCCCUCCCCUAUUCCUCCUGGGGCUGACAACAGUGACUCUAGUGAUGAUGAAUCUGUCUUUCAUCCCAUACCUGUCAAAAAGUACACAUUCAAAAUGAAAGAAGAGGGAGAGAAACGUUCCAAACCCAAAAAAGAGAAAAAUGGAAAUAAUAAGGAGUCUGGAAUUAAUGGCGUGGUAAAGGGGGAGGAUGCUGACUUAGAACAAAAUGGCAACGAUCAGUCAAUCACUGACUGCUCCAUAGCAACCACUGCUGAGUUUUCUCAUGACACAGAUGCAACUGAGAUAGACUCCUUAGAUGGCUAUGACCUUCAGGAUGAGGAUGAUGGGCUGAGUGAGGACCCUAAAACGUCAAGUCUUUCAAAUGAUGGGAAAACAACUGAUCGCUCAUUUAGUCAGACCAAGCUUGAAGUGAUAGAGGAAGAGAAAGGCGAAGAAGGCGGGGAUACUGCAAAGAGCAGCACAUCCUCAGUGAAAACCAGUAGAGAUGAAAAGGAUUAUACUCUUGAGGGAAGGCAUCCUGAUAGGCAGGUCUUUAGUGACAACUACUUUGGCUACCAACUUGAAGAGGAGCUGAAUUCAACAUUUAAAACAGUUGCUACCAAAGGCCUAGACUUUGAUCCCUGGUCCACCAAAGCUGCAGAUAAUGAUGGUGUUUUUGAGUCCAAAACUAAAGAGGAUGACCCCAAGCCCUUUGGCCUGUCGGUGGAGGACAAAUCACAGGCUACAACACCCGACACAACCCCUGCUCGAACACCAACUGAUGAAAGUACACCGACUAGCGAGCCUAACCCCUUCCCUUUCCACGAAGGGAAGAUGUUUGAGAUGACCCGCAGUGGUGCUAUUGACAUGAGCAAGCGAGACUUUGUUGAAGAGAGGCUUCAGUUUUUCCAGAUUGGUGAGCAUUCCUCUGACCCUAAAACAGGGGAAAAGGGGAGAGGGGGCAAGGUCCUUGGGGUAAUUUCCUCUCAGUCAAAAACAGGGGAGAGGGCCACAGUAGACGGGAUGGUGAAGGUUAUAGAUACUACCACAGACAGCAGCACUACACCAACACCACCAGCAGCAGCAAAAACAACAAAAUGCAUCCCUGCACAGCCUGGCAAUGACUCUGGCUUUACCAGUACUGACGCUCCUGCCUGCGAAGCCAUAGCUGAGCCUGCCUCUUCGUGCACAAUCACAGCCUCUAAGGUCGAUCCCAAAUUACGCACUCCUAUUAAAAUGGGCAUAGCUGCUUCCAUCACUGUUAAGAAGGACUCAGGGGAUCUCAGUGACUGUAAAGCUGGGAUGUCAGAGGGUCAGAUUGUUCCAGAAUACAUCAGUAUAGAGGCUCAGUCUCAAUCUAGCAAACACACAGAUCCCAAAUCAGAAAAGAAAGGUUACCCAUCAGAAAACUGCAACAACAACAAUAAUCUUGAAUCUUCCAGUGUCCAGGCCAACUACAUUCAGUGUGGUAGCGUGGUAUUUAAUUUGCAGUCCUCCUCUGAACCUACUCUUCAAAAAGCUAGUAGGAUAGAAACGCUGUGUUGCAGGGAUUUAGAAGAGAGAGUGGAUGUGCACAUCAGCAGUCAGGGUCAAGAGCACAAGAGCGAAACAAUUAAAGAAAGUGAAGUGAAGCAGCCCAAGUCAAGGCUUCCAGUUAAAGCAUCAGGGUGGUCGUUUCACACGCAGGGGACGGCCAUAGGCAAACAGAAGCCCAAGCAAGCGCUGAAAGUUGAGGUCAAAAAAAGAGGAGAGCCAGCCAUAGCCAAAGUAGAGCCCAGGUCUAGGAUACCAAUCAAGGAUGUUAAAAAAAGCAGCAAUGUUCCCGCAGCUAGCUCACUUUCAGUUCAGGUUUCUCCACAACCAACAAGGGCAUUGGACACACAGAGAGCAGCUAUACAGUUGCCUUCAAGGCCACCGCCAAAAGACAGGCAUCGGGUCAGCAAUGUCACAAGUGAGAGAGUAUCUAGUCAAGAGAAUCCUAGUGAAGUUUGUAAGCGCACCAUCAAAUACUUUAAAGACAUUAGUGGGGAGACGCUAAAGUUGGUGGACCACCUGUCAGACGAGGAGAAAAAGACGCAGACAGAGCAGUCGGAGGAAGACAGCACCUCCCGGAGCACCUCUCUGUCGGACGCCUCCCAGCCUUCCCAGCCCUCCCAGCCCUCCCGCUCAUCCAGGUCUGGUAGAGGUUCGAGGGCUGAGGCCGGGGCCGCGUCCGUAAGGGCAAAGGUGGCGACGACGGACAGGGCCUCCGGCAGUGAGAGGAGCAGGAGGAGUAGGCGGACUGGUGGGAAGGAGGGCAGUCAGGGACUCACAGGGUCUCGAACGCCUCCCAUCGCGGAGAUCAAGCCUAGUCCCCAGAGUCCCUGUGAGCGAACAGACCUGCGCAUGGCUAUUGUUGCAGAUCACCUGGGACUCAGUUGGACAGAGUUGGCUCGGGAGAUGAACUUCACAGUGGAUGAGAUCAACCACGUCAGACUAGAGAACCCCAAUUCUCUGACAGCACAAAGCUUCAUGCUGCUUAAGAAAUGGGUCAGUCGGGAAGGAAAAAAUGCCACAACGGAUGCCUUAACUGCGGUGCUGACCAAAGUCAAUCGGAUGGAUAUUGUGACUUUGCUGGAAGGCCCUAUAUUUGACUAUGGUAACAUUUCAGGCACAAGAUGUUUUGCCGAUGAUAACGCUGUUUUCCGGGAUCAGGCUGAUGAUUAUCAGAGCAUUCUAGCAGAGCUGCAGUCCCCUGCUGCACUGUGCUCUGAUGCCCACUUCCUGGAGCCUGAACUCCCUGUCACCCCCAACCCUUUCCUUGCCCACCAGCAACACCACCGUUACCCAGAACCUGACACCCCAUUGCUGGACAAAUCCCCAACCCAGCCCUUGCCCUGGAGCCCGGAGAUAGAGCCUGGUAGCAGAGAGUCAGAUAGCCCACCAAAGAGCCCACCCAGACCCUGUGAACUCGCUUUAUCGUUCCCAGUGUUUGAACUGCCUGAUCCUCUUCCUUCUAAGGUCACAAAGCCCCACAUUGCGCUGAACGAUCAACUGCUUUUGAGCGAGGAGGAGGACAGGUCUUUUCAUGAAAUCAAGCUGAGCUCCAGACCCAAAUCAAACUCCUUUCCCACAAUGUGUGAGUUAGACAUUGACAUGGCUUACUCCACGUCUUCGCCAUCCCUCUCAUCAGUAUCAUCAAUAACCCCUUCAUCGCCUGAAAGAGCACAAAUGGGAGGCGGAGGGGUGCUGAUGGAUGCCCCUAAUGAGAUACAGAAGGAAGUAGGUGUGAAAGGAGAUGAAAAGGAAGUGAUGGAAAUAAGUGAGAAGGUGAUUGAAAAGGCUGCUUCAGAGUUAGUGGAUGGAAAUGGAUUAGUGGAAAAGUGGGUAGAGCAGGAUUUGAUUAAGAAUGUGGAAAUAAAAUGUGAAAUUAUAACAAAAGAUUGGUCUAAGCUGGGAGAGAAAGGACUAUUGUUGGAACAAGAGGAAGAGACAGAGGCUCUAAAUAAGCAUCAUGUCCUUUCUCAAGAUGAGAAUAAGGGGACAGCUUGUGAAGUGGUGGAAUUGAGAGAUGUGCAGAAUUUAUUUGAAGAACAGUAUAGUCUGAUUCAAAUCAGUCAUGAAGUGGAACAAAGCAUGACGACAGAGUCACUGACUGUCGAACAGGAUGCUGAGGAAAUAUCAAAGGUACAAGAAGUUAGGGAGGAUGUGGAAGAGAAGAUUAGGGCACAUGGCAAAAUGGACGGCACAGCUGGAGAAAUACAGUUUAACGAGGAAGGAGGAUUGUGUGAAAGCGAGAGAGACCAGGACCAGGCUGCAGCACCACUCUCCCCUCAGGCCUGGGUUGAGGCACUUGGGGAACUUCAGCCCAGUGACUCUGGCUCUAAUGACGAAGAGGAGGAGGAAGAUGGAGACAGUGAAUGCACAGACAAGCCAUUAGGACCCCUGUUGGAGGAUGUGACGAAAGAGGAAGGCUCAGAGGAGAAGGCGGCGGACGAAGAGGCAACCGCUGGCACUGUUCAGGAGGUUCUUUGUCGGGUUGAACAGGCAGAAAAAGACGUGUGUUCGCUUUCAGGUUGGCACAGCGAUUCCUCCAGCGUCAACGUGGAGCCACCAACGCCAGGGAGAAGCGUCAGCUCCGACCGGCUCGACAGACGGGAAGGCCAAGAAAACUCGAGUGACUCCAUCACUUCCUCAUCUAGAGGCGAAUCAGGGAAGUCCCGACACAACGGCGACAACUCAAAGCACUCACCUCAGGACGCCUCAUCCGAGUCAUCUAAUGGGAAAAAAGAAGGGGGAACGCUGGUGUCGGAGAGAAAAGUUCAGCAGCGGGUUAGUGUAGAUUCCGGUUCAGAGGAAGAACAGACCGUUACAACUAGAAUCUUCAGACGACGACUCAUUUUAAAGGGAGAAGAAGCGAAAAAUAUCCCAGGCGAGUCAAUGACAGAGGAACAUUAUUUGGACCAUGAUGGUAACCUCAUCAGUAGAAAAGUAAUCAGGAAAGUUAUUCGGAGGGUUUCUACUCCCACACCAGAAAACCAAAGAGGUGACAGGUGGCACAGGGACCUUCAUCACAGCCCUGAUCUGCAGGAAGAGAAAGGAGAAGGGUCAAGGAACAGCAGGCGAAAGGAGGAGAGAAAGUCAGGGGAUAAAAAGCUCCACUCAUAGAGAUGCUGGUGCUCUACCAGGCUCAGAGGUGCUGAUGUGUUCCAGUCCAAGCAAUUCAGGCAGGAGUCCAACCUGCAACUAUCUGCUUCAAACUACAGGUUUUCAUGUGAGAGCAGUCGACCCCUCUGAUUUGCAAAUCAGCAUGAAAAACUCCCUCCCCGUCAAUCAAAAGGACCCAGGGAGGUGUCACGUUCUGACUGUGGGGGACCCGUGGACAGAGAUUCAGCUUCCUGCUUCGUGUGAGACAAUACGUGCCAUCAGGGGGGGGAGCUUUUUUUCUUCUUCUUCUUCAGGAGUGCCGUUUGUUGUGGAAAGCAAACUGACUAAAUGAAGAGGCUCCGUUACUGGCAACCACACAGGUGCAACUGUGACCAAAGAUGGCACAAGAGCUCGAUCCACAUUGUUGGUGGAAAAAAAAUAAAGCAAGACACGGUAACACAGAAAAAGCGAAUGGAACACAUCGGAUCCAAAUUCAACACUCGCCUUAUAGUUUUUUCUUGAACCCAUUCUUGUCAGGAUGUAAAUUGUUCUAGGAUUUUGUUUUCUUUCUUUUUUUUAACUAACGCAAAACUUUUUUUCUGUAUAUAAAAUUACAAUGAAAAUUCUUAAAAAAGGUUGGCUCAGAGUUACUGGUCGAGGACGCACUGAGGAGAGUAACUUUUUCAAGUGCUUUCGUACUUUCUUGAAACAGUUCCACUUUUAAAGAUUUGAGUGUAACUUCACAAGUUCUUGUAUAAUUAAUUAUUAGAGCAGGUAUAAUGUUUGUAUAUGAAAAAAACUGCUGGUUUGAUUUUAACAGAGGAAAUUUCCAGAAAAUCAACUUUCAGUAAUUCCCAAAAGUGGGAAUGAAACUAAUCCUGCAAAGGCAGCCUUUCAGAGUACUCAUAUUUUCAUGCAUGCUGUUCACAUUAUUUUAAGUACGAUUUUUACAAGUUUGAAGCACUGUAUUCAAAUGACAGAUGAAACCCUUUAUCUGUGUACACAUAUAGCCCUAACGUUUGUCACCAAUUUUAUAUUUUAAGUUGAAAAGGGAUACCACUAUAGCGUUUGUCAUGCUGGGGUGCGGAUGAAAAAAGUUCUAUAGCUUCUGGAGGGUUUGACGUCGUCUCUGUCUAUGUUAAACUGGGGAGCAGCUUCUGCUACGAGAGCGAAUAAGCUGAAUGUACAUGCUAGUGGGCUGGCUCGCUGUAAAAUUAAAACUGUAUUAUGUGUGUUGGCUGUAAGGUGUAGGAGUCUCUGUACGCUGUUAGACUGUUUGUACUCAUUUUAGCAGUGUGCCAGUUUGGUUUUCGAAUGCUGUGAUAUCAAAGGAAAAAUGGGGCAUUUCAUUUUGGAUUUUUUGGUGGAAGUAUUCCUUUCAUUUGAAAUCUACUCACAUUAAGGACACAUAAAGACAUUAUUUGAUUGUAGCUCUAAAUAGCAUAUUGUAUGACAACAACACUGGAUGGUCAAAAACAAUUAUUUAAGCAUUAAAUAAAUUGUGUUUAACUCUGAAAUUGUGUGCUCUUUUUUAGGCUUGACAGUCUGUAUAUGCAGCGUUGAAUAGAGUUGUUCUCACUAGCUCAUUGGCAUUUUUUUUUUACUUUAUAUUACACUAGGAAUUAUCCUUGUAUUGGUUUUUAUUAGAUGCCCAUGUAGUGUGGUGUUCUACUGGUGCGAUGGCUCAGUAUGCUGAUGUCUAUUCUGUGGACAUAAAAGCUAUGUAAUAUACCUGGGGGAGGGUGGGUGAAUAAAGACAGGCAGGGUGCUUUACUACAUCCCCUUAUCACUACUGUGUCAAUCAGGAUAGAAGAUCCUUUGAUAUGGUUGAACUAUCAAUUUUGUCAAUUUCCUUUGAUAUGUGUUUUCACCUGAGCAGAUUUUUUGAUGUACAAUUCUUACUAACAGAGUGAAGCCAUUGAAAUGUAAUCUAGCACUUUGGGAAUUCAAAGUCUUUUAGAGACCAUAGGAGCAAUGAUGCCACCACAUAUGUUUCAAACGUCUUUAAAAAAAAUCUACCUAAAAAAAAUAAAAAUGCAUUGAUUUUGCAAUA